AAGAAGCGCAAGGCCGCCGUACGUGCCAACCGGGAAGCUAUCUAGCGGGAUACAUUUGCCUAUCCAAGCUUUCACUUCCAGCGUAGGAACCUGUUGCGGCCGUCCGGAGCGUCGAUGAUGUAUCCGCCACCUGCCUUACCUAAUGAGAUCCUUCUCGCCGUAUUCAAGCUCACUCAACCUCCAUCCUAUACCUACGAUCCGUCCAUACUCAAAGGUCCCAGGAAUCCUUGGCUCACAACCCUCAAAACCAAAAAGGCUCUAGUCCUCGUCUGCAAAGCAUGGUCACCCUCCGCGACCGAACUUCUCUACUCCGAUAUCGUCAUCAGGAGGAUGGGCCAGAUCCCUGCUCUCACAAGCACAUUCCGCAGUGAUCGGAGGCUUUCCCUGCUUGUCCGAGCCAUCUGCAUGGAAACGUGUGUCGUCUUGACACACUGUGCCGACGUCGUACGUGAAGACUUUGAAUACAUCCUAGGCCAGUGCACAAAUCUCGUCUCCUUCUCUUGCCAUCCGCAUCCCCAUGCCUACUUUCCUGACUCACUUGAUCUGCCUCACGGGAGGCUGCCAAAUGGCUAUGCUGCCUUUGAUCCGGCGUGGAUACUGGACUUGACGCAUGCAGGCCCUCAAGACUUCGUUGUCCAGAAGCUUUCUCGUCUCAAGACCUUGGAUUUCACCUCGCUGAGCAGAGCUUCUCUUUUGACACUCGCUUGCACCCUCUCCCGCAGCAACAAUCUCACCUCCCUGACCCUUGGAAGUAUAGAUGACGAGUCACCGGGAUAUUCCUAUCCGAUAACGUGUCUGCCGGACGUGACUUUCCACGCACUCACGACACUAUCAAUCCACUGCGACUGCCCCUCAUUCCUCGAAUAUGUCACCACGCGGUGGUCCGUGCCACGCUUAGCGUACUUGGCCUGCGUGCACGCCGAAGACAUUCCGAUCGCCCUCCUCAAAUCGCACGGCACAAAUUUGACCUACCUCAACCUGACCUACUCUUCCCACCGUAUUCAAUACAUGAAUGCGAACAUCGAAUUUCUUCCGCGCCUCCGAGAUCUCUGUCCCGAGAUAUCGCAUCUCGCCAUGCCCAUUCCGCACGACGCACGCAUGGCACUCGACAUCCGUUCGUCAACCCUCCGCUACCUCGAUAUUGAAACACACCCUGUCAGAUUCGUGUCGUCGUACCGGACCAUGGCUCUCGCGCCGACAGCGCACGUUCCACAGCUGAAAAAGGUCCGAUUCGUCAUCGUCGGGAUGCUCAUCGGCCUACCCUCCUUGCCCCUCAUCUUCCACCCGUCCAUUCUUCCCGGCUCGGAUCGCGUGUUCGAGGAUAUCACAGAAUUGCCUGGUGCCGACGAUUCUGACGAUUCCGACGACCAUGUCGACUGGCUCUUGCGCACGACAGGGGGCAUCGAAACGGUCCUCUCCCAGGCUCUGGUGCGGCAGCACUCAUGGGCGGUCGUGGACGACAUCCUGUACGACGGUAGUGAGCACUCGGGCGCGGAGGGGGACCCGAGGCUGCCGGAGGAUGACGACUCGGACUCGGAGGGCGAGUAUGUGUACCGCUCGAUGCCUUCUAGUCCUGAGGAUGCGGAGACGAAUUCCUCCGCAGACGGCUCGGAAGCAGAUAUGGGCGACUCUUGCGUUGAGAACAAGGAUUGGAACGAAGCCAAAUACGAGGGCGAGGGCGAGGUUACCGAUUCGGACAUGGAGCGGGAGUGGUACGAGGUGGAGCCUGAGAUGCCGCCAUACCCCAACAAAGUUCAGUUUGUCGAUGAUGCUUUGGAUUCGAGCCGAGGACAAUACAGCCGGGAGGCUGUCCUCAAGGCUUUCUCUAGAAGCCAGCUUGGCGACUAUCUCUUAGACUGACG